AUGACUACUAUAAGGAAGAAACUAGUAAUUGUCGGCGAUGGAGCCUGCGGAAAAACGUGUCUCUUGAUUGUCUUCAGCAAGGACCAGUUCCCGGAGGUCUAUGUCCCAACCGUUUUUGAGAAUUAUGUUGCCGAUAUCGAGGUUGAUGGGAAGCAAGUGGAGCUUGCGCUUUGGGAUACCGCAGGUCAAGAGGAUUACGACCGUCUCCGGCCGUUGUCAUAUCCUGACACGGACGUCAUACUUAUGUGCUUCUCAAUUGACAGGUUAGCUUUAUUACCCCACGAUACGUUAAGAUUAGAGCAGUCGUUACGCCUUAAGAGAGUUGGCCCAGGUCCUGGCCGUUCUGUUUUGAUUCAUGAGUCUAUAAAUUCUAACAUCACUAUUCCCGUUACCAGCGUCUUCCGUGUCAAGAACUUAUUACCGUAUUUUGCGCAUGAUGUCUCUUUAAAGAGGCGACCAUCCCGGGCGGGCUGCUUAUGCCGCAGUCAAUGUGUUUAUCAGUGCCCACAUUUCGCAGCCUCGUCUUCACUUUCCGUCCGUCAUUCUAUUAACUAUAAAGAAAAGUUGAUUUCUAUGAUUCGUCCCCCCGAACUUUCGUGCUUUUGCGACGCCCACCGGCAUGGUUUGGUGCGGUUUGCAUGAGGUACUCGACGUAACCCUCAAUACCGUUUCUGUACUGCGGAUUCAUAGUAGGGCGCCUUCUAAACGUUUCCGCAGGACAAAUUACACACUACUGGGUUUAUUGGCUUAAGCACCUGUUAUUGAUACUUCCGAACACUAACCAUACAUUAGGCUUGCUAUGUUGCGUCCCGUAUUUGUCCAACUAGUAUGAUAUUCUCCACGACAACCAUGUGGCCGGGGGGCUAGAGAAGAUAUCUUUCAUUUAGCGCCUGUCCACAAAGUUUUAGCACAUAAAACUGGGAUAAAGGUGUGUUUGGCCUAACCCUUACGCUCAAAACAGCGUUGCUUCUCUCAAGUGGAUCGAUUGAUUGCUCGUAAUCAUUUUCAUAUUAUUGACUUUGGGAUUGCCAUGCAACUGCGUCUAUCACGUCCGCGUCCGUAUCGCCUAGAUGCCCUCUUCGGGAGUGUCAAGACUUAGCUAUUUUAAUGCAAAAAUGGCUUCCCUCUGCUGCUUUUCUAUGAGCAAACGGCGCCUUCGAGAACUCGUGUUGUAGCCGUUUCGGUCGUCUGACAAUACUGUCAUUGUACCAGCCACGCCGAGUGUCUGAGUAGGCCUAUGCAGUUUUCUUUCGCGUUCUGACGCCACGAGCGUGAGUAUAUUUUCUGCCUAGAAUUAGCAAGCUUUCGUCUUGAUGCUUCGCGCCGCCUAUGAUCUAAAUUUGCCACGUCUCCCACCGGUCUCAGGUUGACGUCAACCAUUGAUCCACGAGGCAUUGCCAUAACUACCCGGCAAUCGGUUUGAUGGUGUUAUGCUCAGCUACUUGUGAAUGUUCCCAAGCUGGUUCGAAUAUGCUUUUUAGCAGGCAAAUGUAGACUUCUGACCAUUCAGCUGCGUUUUACGUCUCCCAUGUGUUCGUCAUCGAAUUCGCCCUUCUAGAUAUGCCCAAAUUAGGUUCCAUGUCUACGUUCUCGUCGUUCUAGCUCUUGGCAACCACGCGAACAAUUCCACGUCUUUAUUUUAUUUAUAGCAUGGACAGUUUAGAAAAUCUGUCAGAGAAGUGGUACCCCGAAGUGAAGCAUUUCUGCCCCAACGUGCCAAUUCUUGUGGUAGGGAACAAACUGGACCUACGAAAUGAUGACAGAGCUAUUCAUGAGCUCACCAAAAUGCGACAAGAACUCGUAAAACCUGAGGCUUGCCGGCUGAUGGUGGAAAAGCUAAGUAAGUCUUUCAGUCUUUGUGGUUUUUAAAUAAAUAAACGGUAACCUUUGUGCACAACGUCUUUCUGUUUCUCCACAGGCGCAACGUUUACCACACUUAUGUACUACAUCCAUUCAUCGACACUUGCGUAAAUUUAUGCUCUCACGUUUUCUCUAAUUCACUUUGGGCAUUAUCUUGCUGUUCUUUUCACCCUCCCCCCAAGUGGACUUUGGCGUGUGAACUAACUUACGAUAUGGAUAUCGGGAUUUUCCCUCUACUUAACCGACAUGCACACAGACGUUACUUUUUCGCACUAUUGCGUUGUGUGAUUCGGUUCUUUUUUAACAAACCAUUUAGAUGCCUACGCCUACCUUGAAUGCUCAGCCAAGACGAAGGAGGGUGUGCGGGAGGUUUUCGAGGCCGCCACGCGCGCUGCGUUGUAUACCAAACGAAAAGGGAGAAAAACCUGCGAUACCCUAUAG